GCUCCGAAAACCCAAACAAACACUUCUAGUCGUAUUAUUCACGAGGUUUUGCGCUGCGAGAAAGAAUAAUCUCAUUGGAGUUUUCAGGGGUUUUUUGCACACCUUCGGAUAAUUCUCCAUCGUAGACUAUGUUGCUCAGGAGAAGCUACACGGUAUCGUCAUGAAACACUGCAAGUUAGCACGCUAGCAUUUAGCAAGCUGAUGAAUGUGUGCUGCCGCUGCUAAGGUAGCCAUUUUGAAACUGUGUUGUUUCAACGAAGCCAGAUCCAGUCUGUUCCUGUGCAGAUACACAUGAACUCCCAGCAAGAAAGAAACAAACUGCACUGAAGCUUCCUGUGUGAGGAAAAAAAUAAUUCUAGAAGAAACGGACAGAACCACUUUGCAGCAGAAUUUGGACGCGUGUAUUUUUUUCAACCAACGUCUCUUUUUUUUUUCCUCCGAAGAAAAAGAAGUUGAUUUUGCUGAAUUGAAACUUUUUGGAGACAUUUCAUUGUAGCAAAAGGACUGUUGUGCAUCAUACUAAACGAAGGCCUUUGAUGUGUGGAUAAAUUUAUUUUGCUUUUAAACUUGCAUAUCUAUGAAAACAGAGGUAUAUCCUAUAUCUGCUUUAAUUGGAAAACCGCGGAUAAUUAAAUGGGCAUCUUACAAAUGUGAAACUAAAACACAUAACGAAAAAUACGGCAUUAUAAUGCAUCAUUCAGCAGCAUCUCACAUUCACUAACAAAAACUGAAAAUGCCAGCAAUGUAACAUAGGGCUUUACGUCCUUCAUUGUCAUGUGACUUUGAAUCUGAGUAUUAUUUUCUUCACACGCAGACAGUCUUUUCACCAGUUUAAUGAGGUGAGCAGUGGUUUUCAGUGACCUCCAUUGCCAAUUAAAGACUGUCUCUGAACUCAUUUUUCUUUUUGCAUGCAUUUCAGUAGAUCUUAAAAUGAUUCGGUAAAAGAUAAGUCACCACAAAGAAAUUCUGGCACAGUGUGGCAGGACAACACCUGUGUUUUUCCACGUCAUCUGUUGUCAAAGUGGAACUGCUUUACAGACUGCUGUCCAUGUUCCAGGACCGACAUCUUUCACAAACUCCUUCCGUAUUUUAACAAAGACAGCCUGGCUCUUCCUCACCACUGGGACAAAUCACCUGACGAAUCAGUUCAUUUUGCCAAUCAGCUCAAAGUCCAAUCAGGUUUUGAGUUUUAGUCUAGACAAUAAGAGCUAAUGGUUCAAAUGAACUAGUGAAGAAUCAGUCUGCCUGGAUAACCAAGUUACCCGGACUCAGAACAGUAGCACUAAUCAGAAAUCUUCAGAGACGUGACCGGGACAGGAGCUGCUUGGGAAUCUGGUUCAAAAAAGAAAAAUCUGUUCUUCUGAAACCUCCAAUUCAAAAUCGACUUCUUCCUUUCUUCCGCCUGGAUCUGGAUUGUCGUUCCAGACUAAUUCCUGCAACAUUUUGAUCAGUCUGUCUGUUUCACCCUGGACGAAGGGGUCUGCCUCUGGGGAAAGGGGCUGUGCUGUCCUGGUGGAGGUGGAGAGGAGGUUUUCAGUGUGCUGCUCCCCAUCCGUCAGUGCACACACACUGUGAUCAGUGCCAACAGGCCUGAGGACUCGAACCCAGCCGGACCGAGAAAGGAGGCAGAGGACUUCAGAGCUACAGACUCUGGGAUCCUGGCCAUGAGGUUUGAUGCCUCGAUCCACUGACCGGAAACACUGGACCUAAAUGGCGCAGCAUGACUUUGUCCCUGCCUGGCUUAACUUCUCCACGCCCCAGCCUGCCAAGUCCCCUGCUGCCAACCUUGAGAAACAAGGUGAGCCCCUCCACAGAGACGGCAGAACCUCUGUGAGCCGCCGCCGCCACAACUCCUCUGAUGGGUUCUUCAACAACGGCUCCCUGCGUGCUCCAGCAGGUGACGGAUGGCAGCAGCCCUCUCUGCUUCUGAGGCAUGACUCGGUGGAUUCUGGGGUGGCCAAAGGUGGUCACGGUGGUCUGGCAGGGGGCUCAUGUUGGAAGGAGACACCCAGCUGGCAUGGAGCUCCGCGGGGUGCCCAGGAUGGCCACCACCACCAGGGACGUCACCCCAAACGGGGAGGAGGCGAAAGGGACAGGCAGGGGGGGCACCGGCAGCGCAACGGCAACUUCCAUCCCCGCAAGGGCGCCUCGUAUCAGGACAAGUUCCCUAACGAGGAACGCAAAGACACCAAGGACGACAAGCUGAAGUUUGUGGAAGAGGACUUUCCUUCCCUCAACCCUGAAACAACUGGAAAGCCUGGGACUCAGAUGCGAGCAGUAGCUCCCCAUGCUGGAGUGUGGGAAAACCCCCCGAGUGGAAAACAGAUGGUUUCCAAGAUGCUGGUUAUCAAGAAGGUUUCCAAGGAGGACCCCAGCACAGCCUUCUCUGCAGGUUUCGCCACGGCUAGUGCCCUGCCCACCAACGGCAGCAAAGCUCCCAUCGCAGGCUCCAGCGUCUACAAGAACUUGGUCCCAAAGCCAGCUGUGGCUCCCACCAAAAGCACCCAGUGGAAAUCCGGUGGAAGAGAGAUCGCGAAGCCCGGCCUUCACAUGCCAGGCCGAGACUCGGUCUUCACCAGCCCCGUCUCUGCAGCCAAACCCAGCACCCCAGUCAGUGCACCACAGCACAACACCACAAAAGAGCACCCUUCCAGCACGACUCCUCCCAUAGACAUCGCCCCGUCGAGGCUGAAGCUGAUGCGCCGUGGUCCGGAUCGUAAGAGUGAGUUCCUGCGAGCUCUGAAGGAUGAGGGCACUGGAGAACUGACAACAAGCAGCAGCCCCGGAACAUCAGGGGAGGGUGAAAGCAGCACCCCAGAGCCCAAAGCCUACAGCGAGGAGGUCUGCCACGAGAACGGUCUGUCCUACUCCCUCAGUGACUCAGACACCGAACACCUGUCCAGCUCCCUGGAGGCAGAGCACAGGUUGCUGAAGGCCAUGGGCUGGCAGGAGUACCCAGAAAACGAUGACAACUUCCUGCCUCUGACAGAAGACGAGCUGAGAGAGUUCCAGACGAAAACUGAACAGCUGAAGAGGAACGGUCUGCAGAGGAAUGGGGUUCUUCCGAGGGCUCGGGGUGUGACCCUCCACUUCACCCCCUGGAGGAGUGUGGCGGAGGCGCACGUCGAAGAGGGCUCCGAGUCCGAAACCAGUAGCAGCAGCCAGACCUCUGACGACGACGACUGCAUCAAAUCCUAACGUGGCUUUACGGAACAAAAAAAACCCCACCAACACAACAGCCAACACCACAUCCCAGCAAGCAAAUCCCCCUCUUCCUCUCUCAUCUUUGUUUUUAGAGCACCAUUUUGAAUUUCUUUUUGUUUUGAUUUUUUUGUUGUCGUUCUUGCACAAGGGAAAAACCAAUCAUAUCCCAGUGAAGGGGGAGAUUCCUGCUCCGCCAGACGUCGUUUUCCCUGCGUUUCCUCCUUCACUGCAGUCCCUGCCCUUUGACCCGCCCCCCACCCCAAACCCCCACUCCCCUUCUUCCUUUUUCUUCCUCGCUUUGUGGAACUGAAGUGUUCAUCAAGAAAAGAAGGGCAAUGAAUGCACACUUGAUUCUGCUUUAAACAGACUAACUCAUUUCAUUGAUGAUGCUGAUGACACAUUAUUAAUGAUAUUAAUAAAAAUUGGUUCCUGACAAGCUGAUAUGUUUCAAUAUGAA